AUGGCAGCUCCACUUCCGCUCGACCUGUCACACCACUUGUCCUAUGCGACGAGGAACAAGAAACCCAGCAGCGUGAAGAGUUUCUAUAAAUAUUUCCAGAUCCCUGGAAUUGCUAAUUUUGCCGGAGGGUUGCCACAUGCAUCCUAUUUCCCCUACGAUACCCUCGAAGCCAAAGUCGCCUUACCGGAGCGACUGGAAAGCAAGGAGGCGUCCUCAAAACGGGUCUCCGUUCCAAAAGAGAGCAAGACGAAAGACGUCCAACGGAAGAUCGACUUGACGACAGCGCUCCAAUAUGGCACCGCCGAAGGAUACCCGCCCCUAAACGCGUUCCUGCGCUCGUUUGCACGAGACCACCUUCACCCCAACGUGCCUUAUGCCGGUGGCCCGGAAGUCAUCUUGACGUGUGGAUCCACGGAUGGCUUCUCAAAGGCAGUGGAAGCCUUUACGAAUAUCUGGAAUCCCGACCGGGACUGGAUCCAACAGCGGGAGGGCGUGCUGUGUGAGGAAUUUACAUACAUGAAUGCCAUCCAAACAGUGCAGCCUCGCGGGUUAAACGUGGCUACCGUGGCGAUGGACGGACAGGGUAUGCUGGCCAGCGGCGAAGGGGGGCUGCAGCAUGUGCUGGAGAAUUGGGACUUCCGACGGGGGCGACGGCCUCAUUUGAUGUAUACUGUUCCCACCGGCCAAAACCCCACCGGUGGAACGCUUUCGCUCGAGCGCCGAAAGGAGAUAUACGCUCUCUGCCAGAAGUAUGAUGUGAUCAUCAUUGAAGACGAGCCGUACUGGAAUCUGCAGUUUCCGUCUGCUUAUUCAAGUACGGUGCAUCACCGUGGCUCAUGCGAGGCCAAUCUUUACAACCGGAAUUAUAAUGCGGAGGGCAAGUCAUCAGGCUAUGCCUACUUGGACUCACUCGUCCCCUCAUAUCUAUCGAUCGAUGUUGAGGGCCGAGUCGUGCGACUAGAUACCUUCUCUAAGACCAUCGCACCUGGGAGUCGUCUCGGCUGGGUAACCGCCCAGCCAGCGAUCAUCGAGCGCUUGACUCGCAUCACGGAGGUGACGAGCCAACAGCCAUCUGGUUUUGUUCAGUCUUUAGUUGCCGAGAUGAUUUUCGGCCCGGAUGACGAUCAGGCUAAAUCGUCCAAACAGAUUGCUUCGGGCUGGCACAUGGACGGGUGGGUGCGGUGGCUGGAGGGUCUCCGCGCUCGCUAUGAAGGGCGCAUGCAGGACAUGUGCACGAUUCUGGAAGAGAACAAAUAUCUUUAUCAUGAAGCCAGUGAGGCUGAUGUCGAUGCCUGGGAGGUGGUGGACCGAGUGCAGAUGUAUGACUUUGUCUGGCCGAUGGGUGGUAUGUUCACGUGGAUAGAUGUCCAUUUCGAUACACACCCCUUGCGUUCACAGUACUCCCCCGAGCGCCUUUCCCAGGCCUUUUGGAUCCAUCUGACCCAGAAGCCCCAUUUGUGUCUGGUGGGCCCUGGGAGUAUGUUCGCCCCGACACCGAUGUCUGCCAAGAAAGCUCACAGGUACAUCCGGGUGGCAUUUGCCCCCAUGGAAUCUGACGAGGUGGCGCCUUUUACCCGGCGAUUGACUGAAGGGUUCCGCUCGUUCUGGCAGCGGAAGAACUUGGAUGGGCUGAGUGGCGAAGGAGCACAGGGAUAUGAUUUGCAACCAGGUGUCAACCUUCUAGGGAACGGCUGCUGA